GUGCUGACUGCGGCAUGUUUGGUGGCUGGCCCUACUUGGCCUACCAAUAUCUCCAGAGCGCUGGUGGCAUGUUCAGUGAAGCAGACUGGCCCUAUUGGGCGACUGGCAUGUACCCAUGCAUGCCCAAAGGCUACAGCAAACCUCUCUGCGGCAACCAUGACGACCUCUUCUGCAAGCCCAACUCCACGAAAGGCCAGGGCCCGUUGCAGCUCUGCCACGCCUCGCACGGCUUCGCCACGCGCGUAACUGGAUGGAGGGCACUGAGCCGCAAUGAAUCGGAGCUUGCUUCGCAGCUGGUACAAUAUGGGCCACUGUCCGUGCUGAUUGUGGCAGAUAACCUUCAGUUCUACCACUCCGGGAUCUGGCGAG